AUGGCUUCCAACAGCAGCCUCUUCUCACUCGAGCAAGUGCUGAAUGUCAUUGGAGUAUUAACUGUCCUUUGGCUGUCUCUCAAAAUUGUGUUGGUUAUAGGACAGGUUUUCAGAGUUCACGUGCUGUCUGAGAAGUGGAAAGGGGUAGAUGUCGCUUCCUAUGGGCCUUGGGCAGUGGUGACUGGAGCCACAGCUGGUAUUGGAAAAGCCUACGCCCAUGAGCUUGCUAGAAGGGGCCUCAAUGUGGUUCUUAUCAGCCGCUCCAUGGAAAAACUGAAGCAGGUGGCCGCUGAAAUUGAGGAGCAGCACAGCCAAAGCACCAAGGUGAUCCAAGCCGAUUUCACACAGGGCUCAGAACUCUAUGAGACCAUUCGAGCCAAUUUGCAGGGUCUGGAGAUUGGCAUUCUGGUGAACAAUGUUGGUCAGACAAAAAACCGUCCAGGGUAUUUUCUGGAUGAUGAUAACCUUGACAAGUAUAUAGAUGACAUGGUGAAUUGCAACACGCUUUCCAUCACGAAGGUAUUUGAUGAUUUCUUCUCACAAGCUUUAGGCAUUGAAUAUAGAUCCAAAGGCAUCAUUGUGCAGAGCGUCAUGCCCCUGUUUGUUGAAUCCAACUUGAGCACUCAUGUCAAGAGGUUCUGGAAGAUAUCAGCAAAGACGUUUGCGCGCCAGGCCUUGAAUUCUGUGGGACUCACCAGCAGAACCCCUGGAUGUUUUAGCCAUUAUGUUCAGGUGCAGGCCGGCUGCGGAGGAAUUUUUUCAAGCUUCCGGAAGCUUCAGAGCGCUUCGAGCGCUCCCGCCUCCCCUCCGUCUCACGCCAAGAGCAGCCGUUUCCCGCCCGAUGGUCACGUAAAGGAGUGGGGGUGCUGA